AUCAGUACUACCAAUUUUGGAAAAAAAAAAUUAUUUUUUCUUCUUCACUCGGCUUUGUUAAUUUAUCUGCAAACGCACGUUCUCAGAAACUAGUACAUGGCUAAUGAUGAGGUGAUUCUGUUGGAUUUCUGGGCUAGCAUGUUUGGUAUGAGGUUAAGGAUUGCACUUGCUGAAAAAGAGAUAAAAUAUGAGUACAAAGAAGAAGAGGGGCUGAUUACUAACAAAAGUUCUCUGCUUUUAGAGAUGAAUCCUAUACACAAGAAAGUUCCAGUUUUGAUUCAUAAUGGAAAACCAAUUUGUGAGUCUAUUAUUGGAGUUGAGUAUAUUGAGGAAGUUUGGAAGGAUAAAACCCCUUUGCUCCCUUCUGAUCCUUAUGAGAGGGCACAAGCUAGGUUUUGGGCUGAUUACAUUGACAAGAAGUUAUAUGUUUCUUCAAGGAAGAUAUGGGGAACAAAGGGAGAAGAGCAGGAGGCAGGUAAGAAAGAUUUCAUUGAAGUCCUUAAAGUGUUGGAGGGAGAACUAGGAGAGAUGCCUUACUUUGGAGGAGAUAAUUUUGGUUUUGUGGAUAUUGCUCUCAUUGGGUUCUAUAGUUGGUUUUAUGCUUAUGAGACUUAUGGUAACUUCAGCACAGAGGCUGAGUGUCCAAAGUUUGUGGCUUGGGCCAAAAGGUGCAUGCAGAGGGACAGUGUGGCUAAGUCUUUGCCUGACCAACAGAAGGUCCUUGAGUUUGUAAAGACUCUUAGGCACAAGUUUGGAAUUGAAUAAACAUAUGGACCAUGAUUGUGCUAAUAAAGACGCUUCGCCCUUCUUGUGUUGUUGUUUCAGAUUUGAAAUGUUUGUUUGGUCAUAAUGUAAGUCAGUUCUACUUUUAAUUGUAAUGAAAGACUCUUAGAUCUGUUUGGUUGAGUCUUGACUUUCUGUCAUAUAUGUAUGGUAUGAUUCUGGGGAUUUUCCUCUUUGAAAUGAGAAGUAAUCAGUUUUUCCCA